CGGAAUCGGAAUACAGAGGCUUCUGCUUGCGAUAUAUUUCACCGUUCGCACUUGUUUACGUUUGCCAUUAAAAAUUUUUAAAAAAGCUACCGAGUAACAUCGUUUGAAUCGCCGGUGGCAAGAAUAUAGAACGUGUGCCGUUGUGCGUUGGUGGAUCGCUGGAAAAUCGAAAGCGACAAGAAACACCAACUCAACCAUCCAAAAAUAAAUGUAGAAAAGCAAGGAAAUUCCACGAAAGUAACAAAUCAAAUUUGGUUUUAGCCAAAAGAACGAAAGAGAGCUAAGGAACAUAAAAAAGAGAGCAAACGAAGGAAGAGCCGGAGGAGCAGGUGAAACAGGUGGACGCAGGAGACCCACCCACCCGAAAGAAACCAUCACCACCAGCAGGUGACAGCAAAGCAGCAGAAAGUCAGCACAAACAUGUCGAGCGAUUCGAGUCGAAGGAUCCAGGUGCCCGAGGAGCUGAAGGAGGUGCUGCUGCAGUUCUCGAUCUCCUUCCUGGUGGAACAGCCUCCGGACGUGAUCGAUUACGCCGUGGAAUACUUCACCAAACUGCAGUCGGAACGCCCAAGCGUCUCUCACACGGAUCAAAGCACCGAUGACCAGCUGAGCGUCAACUCACAGGAUGCCGAUGCGGAACCACCAGUGAUGGCCAGCUCGCGCCGCAAAUCAGUUUUCGCCGAGGCCUACGAUCCGGAGGCGGAUGACGACGAUGAUGGCGCCACCGCCGUCUUCCCCAAGACAGAUGAGCAGCGCGCACGGCUGGUUGAGUCGGUGAAGAACGUCCUCCUCUUCCGAUCCCUCGAGAAGGAGCAGAUGAACCAAGUCCUGGAUGCCAUGUUCGAGCGGAAGGUUCAGCCGGGUGACUUCAUCAUCCGCCAGGGUGACGACGGCGAUAACUUUUAUGUUAUUGAAUCUGGCGUCUACAAAGUCUAUAUUAAUGACAAGCACAUUAACACCUACAAUCACACUGGACUCUUCGGUGAAUUAGCGCUGCUCUACAAUAUGCCCAGAGCGGCCACCGUGCAGGCGGAAACCAGUGGUCUACUUUGGGCCAUGGAUCGCCAGACCUUCCGCCGCAUCCUCUUGAAGUCGGCCUUCAGGAAGCGGAAAAUGUACGAGGAGCUGUUGAACAGCGUGCCCAUGCUGAAGGCCUUGCAGAACUACGAACGCAUGAAUCUGGCGGAUGCCUUGGUUUCGAAGAGCUACGACAAUGGCGAACGCAUCAUCAAACAGGGUGACGCCGCCGACGGCAUGUACUUCAUCGAGGAGGGAACGGUGUCCGUGCGCAUGGACCAGGACGACGCCGAGGUGGAGAUCUCGCAGCUGGGAAAGGGACAGUACUUCGGCGAGCUGGCGCUGGUGACACAUCGACCCCGGGCAGCAUCCGUCUACGCCACGGGCGGCGUCGUCAAGCUAGCAUUCCUCGAUGUCAAGGCCUUUGAGCGUUUGCUGGGUCCCUGCAUGGAUAUUAUGAAGCGCAACAUUGACGACUACGAGUCGCAGUUGGUGAAGAUAUUCGGCAGCAAAAACAAUAUCACCGAUACACGAUAAAAAGUCUGAACAACCAACCAACCAAGCAACCAACCACAACAGCCACAACAACCACCAUCAACAGCUACAACACACAGCAACUGAAACCGAAAGGUCACUGGCAGGCUUCCUAGGAUUUUAUUUUGUAACCAUGUUUCUUUAAAAUUGAGCAACUCUACGGACAGCAUAUUAGAGCAGAUCACAACCCACAGCAAUGCACAAAUACCAAACAAAACACAAGGACACAAAAUCAUGUAAACCUAAUCAUGAAUAUUUGAUAAUUGAAAUUAAUCUAUAAUACUACGAUAAUAAUGAUUAUGAUGAUGAUGAUGAUGAUGAUAGUGUUGAUCAUGUUGGGGAGAAGCUUCGCCAUGUUUCUAAUCCAAAACAGAGAAGCAAGCAAGCGAGUUAAGAAUUGUAUUGUAUGUAUUUAGCAAUUGUAAUUUGUAAUGUAUUUAAUUGGGCAAAACUGAAUUCAAAUGCAAUCAGCAAAGAGAAACAACAAACGAUUGGCUCAACGGAAAUGUUAAAAAUACUAAUUUAAGUUUUGUUUAUUCAUAACUUUUUGUUAUCCAUUGAUUUAUUCAUAAUUUAGAAAAUAACGCAA